AUGGAGCUUUUCUCCGUCGAUACUUAUGUUUCCAAACAUUUAUCGUUGCCACAGUGCCAUAUGCCACAUAUAGUGAUGAAAGACAAAACAGUACGUUUGCUCAUAUUUAUUCAUUUCGUUUGUUUUCAGCUUGUAAUUACUGCUGAACGUGUAGCAACGAUGAAGGACGUAAUGCAGGAUUGGCGAAGACACUUUGUUUUAUUUGCCGAUUGGUUACAUGCUUUACCAGAGUUCGCAUCACUUAGUGUAGACGAUCAGAUUUUGAUAGCAAAGAGUAGAUUUGGUUCAUUCUACUGGUGGUUAUGCGCUAAUUGGACAAAUGAAGCGUGUUGUGAUGGAGUAUGUUAUUCUAAUGGUACAUAUUUUCCACGUUCAGAAGCUCUUCAGUGUUUUCCAGACGUCAGAGGAUGCAGUGAGCGAAUGGUAGUGACAUUAUCGGAACCGCUUCGUGAAUUGCAACUUGAUGAAACCGAGAAAUGCCUUAUGCUGGCUGUUAUCGUCUUCAGUGAUGAACCCUUGGAGUUGUCGAUAUCUGGCAAGGAACAUGUGCGCACAAUGGGGUAUCGUUUCGUUCGAAUGCUCCACCAUCAUAUUCGGAAUCGCGAGCCGACCUUGUCAAAUUCGGCAAUAGGACUUCGUAUUGCAAAAAUAAUGAUUCUCCUGACGGCAACAACAGUAAGUUUUGCUGGAGGUGAUAUUCUCAUUGUGAUAACCAUCGAAAUAAAAGUCACUUUUUAUUUAUGUGAUCUUAUAAACUGA